AUGGCCCUGUACGAAAACCACACGAGACCUCAGUUGGUGUCGUUUGACGAUAUCAACUACGAGAACUUUGCCGAGGUCCAAAAGGCGAGAACCUCGAUGAUGAGAGAACAGUGGAUCAGAAACGAGGAGCUCAGGAUCACCCAUGAGGCCUUGAGACAAUGCAAGAUUUACCACGGAAUCGAUGCCCAGAGAAAUUGCAGACCUUUGAUCUUGAAGUACAUGAAGAUGAUCGAGACUUACCCCUUGCAGGGUUACUUGGGGUACCAGAAGAACGACCCAUCGCAGUAA